AUGAAAACUGCGUAUGAUACCGCACAAAAAUCAACAUCAGAAUCACAACAAAGACACAAAUCAACAAAAUCGACGCAAGAAGAUUACAAGCAAUCCAAAACAUACCCAAAAGCUAAGCACCAAAAGCAGCAGCCUGAGUUUGGUAAGAGCAAUUUCCACCAUCAAGACAAAUCUGAAUGUAGAGUUAGUAAAGCAAGCAAGUCCCAUCCAGAACCUAGACCACCCAUGGAAUCAUCUCAGCAAUCACUAUUCUCUACUGAAGUGCCAAAAAAGAUCUCCAAGCCAGCAAGGUCAGAUGUCAUCAUGUCAUCUAAUCCUGCCUCGCCAGUGUUAAUAGACGGAGAUGAAUUUUCGACAGAGAGUGAAUCUGAGAAUCCAGCAGUUCGUCCAGGCAAAAAAAUCCUUAAGGAUAAAAAGCGAAUCCGAAAUCGAAAAUUCACAUUCCAUGAAAACCUAGUCUUAAUUGAGAACCUUGUUCCACAUUUUCACAAGCUCCUUGGAAACAGAGCAGCUGCUACGGAGUCAGCAUGGAAAAACACAAUCUGGAAGCAAAUUGCAGAUGCAGUUACGAGUGUGGGUGUCUCUCCACGAUCAGCAGAUCACGUACGUAAGCGGUACCAGGACAUUCGGCUUCUACUAAGGCGCAAGAUUUCGGAUGAAAACAAGAGCAGAAAAGCAACAGGGGGUGGCCCUGAGAAGAAAACAGUUUACCACCAGUAUGAAGAGUUACUGCGUCCAUACAUAGAUCUAGAUUCCAUUGUUGGCAUCAAGGCUGGUUUUGAUACCUCGAGGCACCAUGAAAACGAGCAACAUAAUGCAGCUCAACACACCUAUCGCCAGCAGAAGCUCUCCUUUAUGGCCAAACUAACUGAACUCUUAGAAGCACAUCUGCCAUCUCCUGGUGAGCAAUCUCAUAAUGCUCGGAAUCUAACCAGCAGCAACCACAGCAGUUUUGUAUGUGAAAGUAUUAUCGAAAAUGAUGCUAAUGAUAAUUUUACUAUUCAGGAUAUGUAAAUGUUAUAAGAAGUACAUUUUUUUUUUUAAUACAUUUCACAUAAUUCACAACUGAGUUUGAAUUUAAAGAGCUUGCAAACAUUUGUUCUUUAAAUUUUUACUCAGCACGCAACAUUGUUAAGUCAUAUAUUGCCCAAAGUUGACUGCUAUAUUGAUGUAUUUCUCCAGUUAAA